GGUAGAAAGAGAGACCUUCUUGGUUCGGUCACUGGGACUCCGGAUAUGGAAGCCUCACAAGACCCGAAUUCAAACCCGACUGGCCUCGACGAUUCAGAGCUCGAGCUCUACACCAUCCCAAGCCAUUCAAGAUGGUUCCUGUGGGAUGAAAUUCACGAAACGGAGAAAACAUCUCUCAAAGAAUUUUUCGAUGGAACCUCAAUCUCAAGAACGCCGAAGGUGUAUAAAGAAUAUAGAGAUUUUAUCAUUAAUAAAUACAGAGAAGAGCCUUCCAGGAGGCUGACAUUCACCGAGGUGCGAAAGUCGUUGGUGGGGGAUGUCAGUUUGCUUCGCAAGGUCUUUCUUUUCUUGGAAAAAUGGGGCUUGAUUAAUUAUGGCUCGCCUUCGAGCGAUAGCGGUGAAAAUUUGAUUCCGGAAGAUGAUGAGAAGUGCAAGGUUAAGAUUGAGGAAGGAACUCCAAAUGGAAUUCGCGUUGUGGCAAUGCCUAAUUCUCUGAAACCCAUUUCGGUGCCUAAAUCCAAGAGUACCGGAAAUGCGGUUGGCUCUGGUUUCAAAUUGCCUCCGCUGGCAUCAUACUCCGAUGUUUACGGCGACCUGGUGAGGCAGAAGGAGUUGGCUUGUGGGAUCUGCGGUGAUAAAUGUGAUUCUGGCCACUACAAAAGUGCCCAGGAUAAUUUCGUCAUUUGUGCUAAAUGUUUUGAAAAUGGGAAGUAUGGGGAGAAAAGGUCUUCAGGUGACUUUAAAUUAAUCGAGUCCAACGAAGAUGGCGGGAAACAUGAAGCUGUCUGGACUGAAGGAGAAAUUCUACUUCUUUUAGAAUCUGUUUUGAAACACGGGGAUGACUGGGAACUUGUUGCUCAAAAUGUUCAAACCAAGACUAAACUUGACUGUAUCUCAAAACUCAUUGAGCUGCCCUUUGGGGAGUUCAUGUGCUCUGCUCAUAGAAACGGUAACAGUAACAGCGCUAAUGGCAUUGUGAACAGUGCAAAGCAAGUUCAGUCAUCUUCAUCUGAUCACCAAGAAACUUCCAAGAGACAGGAUCAAAUUCCAGAGCCUGGAAAUGAGAAUGAGACGAAUGGAGAUGUUGUGAAGGAAAGUCCUUCAAAAAGACAACGUAUUUCUUCCCCUGCACUUUCAGAUUCUAGCAGUUCACUGAUGAAGCAGGUGGGACUUAUAUCUACUGUAGUUGACCCUCAUAUCACAGCUGCUGCAGCUGAUGCUGCGAUUAUGGCACUUUGUGAUGAAAACAUGUGUCCCAGGGAAAUAUUUAAUGUUGAUGAGGAUUAUGCUUCUACUCAAUCUAGCGUGAACACUCUGAAUGGUUGUUCAGCAAGAGUCCUUGAAGGUGAUGGUUCAGACAUGGAGAGGUCGAGUCAUUCAGGAUCCCCAACGAAGAAUGAUAUACCCAUGACGUUGCGGAUCAGAGCUGCCAUUGCAACUGCUCUUGGAGCAGCUGCUGCUCGUGCAAAGUUGAUGGCUGAUCAGGAAGACAGAGAGAUUGAACAUUUGGUAGCAACUAUAAUUGAAGCACAGAUUGAGAAGUUGGAACACAAGACAAAACAUUUCGAAGAACUGGAGCUGUUGAUGGAAAAGGAACAUGUGGAAAUGGAAGAGCUAAAGAUUUCUCUGUUAACCGAAAGGAUUGACUUGUUACAGAGGACGUUUAGUGCUGGAGUCCCUAGGUGGAAAGAUUAUCCAUCUCUGAAACGUUUGUCAGUGAACAGAAUCGCCAGUAACUGA